AUGUGUGAAAAAGUUCUAAAUAGAGAAACAGAAACGGCAAAAUGUCUUUGGUCCAGGCUUCUAGAUGAAGUAACAAACAAAGCUAAAGUUGGUCUGUCGGACUCCAAAAAUCUUGUCGUAUUUGGUGACGAUCAGUGCGGAAAAUCAACUUUGAUUUGUCGGCUUCAAGGCAAUGAAGACAAGCGGGAAGGAUUUGGUCUGGAAUAUUAUAUAAUCGAGGUGAAAGACGAAUUAAAAGAUGUUUCCGCAAACCUAAGCGUCUCCAUUAUAGAUGGAAACCCUAUUCAAAGCUAUCUGUUAAAAUAUGUGAUGACCGAGGACUCGUUCAAUGACCAAAUGGUUAUUAUAGUCGUCAGCAUAAAUGAACCUUGGAAAAUAAUUGAAGCUUUGCAAAAAUGGGCAGAAAUACUUAAUAAACACAUCAAUAAACUAAAACUGUCGAAAGAAAUGAUAAAAGCUUGCAAAUCAAGGAUUUCAAAAGAAUUUUAUGGCUACGCUGAGCCAGAUGCAUCAACAAAUGAUAUUAUCAAUCCGGUAAAUUUAGCUUCACUGUCUACUAUGUAUGCAACAUCUCAAGAAACUACCCCUCAGUUAUCAUUUUUAAAUGAUAAUGAGUCGUUUACUGAAGAAAUGUACGAGGAUAAUGUAUUAAAUAACAAUCUUGGUGUACCGUUAAUCGUUGUUGUAACAAAGACGGACUUAAUGAAGAUAAUGAUCAAAGAAAAUCAAUUUACAGAAGAACAUUUUGAUUUUAUACAAAUGCAUAUACGACGAUUUUGUCUUUCAUAUGGAGCAGCAUUAUUUUAUGUGUCAGUGAAAGAAGAUAAAAACUGUGAUUUACUAAAUCGUUAUAUUCGGCAUCGUAUUUAUGGGUUUCCUUUUAGUCAAAGUGCGUAUAUAGUAGAAGGAGAUUGUAUUUUCAUUCCAGCAGGUUGGGAUAAUCAUAAAAAGAUUAAUAUUCUAGGUGAAAAUUUAACAAAAAUCAAUGCACAACACCCUUUUUCUACCGUUAUCCCAAGACCAGUACCACGUAAAGCAAUUCACAGAGAACCCGAAAUAAUGGCCAUUGAUGAACAGGCUUUUCUCCUUCGACUUUCAACAAUCAAAGAAAAUGAGAACAUAGAUCCUAACAUGCUAAAAGAAUUAUUAGGUUCUGGGGGUUUACCGUCCAAUUCAAAACAGCCUACAAAUAGUUUUAAAAUUGGAUCAGGUGCAAAAACCAUGGAUGAUAACAGUCGUCUACCGGUCAGUCCAAUCCCUGUAUUUCGUACAAAAAUUUCUCCAGUAGGUCCAACAAAUAAUUUAACUAGCACUCCUUCUAUACAAGGAACUUCAGACGGCGUACUAGCUGAUUUCUUUUCAAAUCUGCUUAAAAAGCGACCAGUUGUAAAUAACACUACUGGAGAAACGUCUACUGAGCCUCAGCUUCAACGUACAUCACUAUCAUCAGAUCAAAGAGACAAACAACAAGACAACAUGGAUACAAGUGUAAAAUGUUCAAGGAACAGCAUAGAUGAAGAUGGGGAAAAACUUUUCACUAUUGGGAUAACAGAAAAACACACAGAGUACGCGAAAGUGGAAACAGAUCUUAAAGACAUUACCAAACAAAACGAAUACACUGGGAUUAUACAUGAAAAAGUGGAGAACCAGAGAGACGAGACAACAAAUAAUGCAUCAGGAAAACAAGAAAAAGACGAAGAUCAAAAGAAGCAACAAGAGGAGAUAACAAAAAGAAAACAAACAAAAAUAAUGGAAGGAAAAAAUGAACGCGAAGAUUCGAAAAAUAUAUUAAGUCACAGAGAAAAUAUACCGCCAAAAACAGAAAAUACAAAAACCGAGUUAAAAGAGACAAUUCAUCAUGACCACCAAAAUCAAAACAAAACUCCCACUGAACUCACAGAAAAAAUUGAUGAACUGGACAGUGCACAAAAAUUCGACGUUCCUUUGGUCGCCUGUAUGAGUGCGUCGAAGGCACACUUAGAUCCAAUAACUGAUCAACCACCUGUUGUCGAGUUGUCACAAACAUCAGAUAAUCUGACUGACCACAUUGACACAGAGCAUCUAAACGACCAACUCAACACCUCUCCUGACAACACAAAUCCCACUGAUCUCAACGACGAAAUCAAUGAAGUGAACAGUGCACCGAACUCCGAGUCGACAAUUGUUCCGAGUCACAUAUCUCCAAUGUUAGGACACACCUCGGAAACCAGUAUCACUACAAUUCGCAGUGACACGAUCACUGAAGGUCGUUCUGACGAGGAUCACGAACUACCUGAGACUAGUCAUCAGGACCUCCAAAAUCAAAACAAAACUCCCACUGAACUCACAGAAAAAAUUGAUGAACUGGACAGUGCACAAAAAUUCGACGUUCCUUUGGUCGCCUGUAUGAGUGCGUCGAAGGCACACUUAGAUCCAAUAACUGAUCAACCACCUGUUGUCGAGUUGUCACAAACAUCAGAUAAUCUGACUGACCACAUUGACACAGAGCAUCUAAACGACCAACUCAACACCUCUCCUGACAACACAAAUCCCACUGGUCUCAACGACGAAAUCAAUGAAGUGAACAGUGCACCGAACUCCGAGUCGACAAUUGUUCCGAGUCACAUAUCUCCAAUGUUAGGACACACCUCGGAAACCAGUAUCACUACAAUUCGCAGUGACACGAUCACUGAAGGUCGUUCUGACGAGGAUCACGAACUACCUGAGACUAGUCAUCAGGACCUCCAAAAUCAAAACAAAACUCCCACUGAACUCACAGAAAAAAUUGAUGAACUGGACAGUGCACAAAAAUUCGACGUUCCUUUGGUCGCCUGUAUGAGUGCGUCGAAGGCACACUUAGAUCCAAUAACUGAUCAACCACCUGUUGUCGAGUUGUCACAAACAUCAGAUAAUCUGACUGACCACAUUGACACAGAGCAUCUAAACGACCAACUCAACACCUCUCCUGACAACACAAAUCCCACUGAUCUCAACGACGAAUUCAAUGAAGUGAACAGUGCACCGAACUCCGAGUCGACAAUUGUUCCGAGUCACAUAUCUCCAAUGUUAGGACACACCUCGGAAACCAGUAUCACUACAAUUCGCAGUGACACGAUCACUGAAGGUCGUUCUGACGAGGAUCACGAACUACCUGAGACUAGUCAUCAGGACCUCCAAAAUCAAAACAAAACUCCCACUGAACUCACAGAAAAAAUUGAUGAACUGGACAGUGCACAAAAAUUCGACGUUCCUUUGGUCGCCUGUAUGAGUGCGUCGAAGGCACACUUAGAUCCAAUAACUGAUCAACCACCUGUUGUCGAGUUGUCACAAACAUCAGAUAAUCUGACUGACCACAUUGACACAGAGCAUCUAAACGACCAACUCAACACCUCUCCUGACAACACAAAUCCCACUGGUCUCAACGACGAAAUCAAUGAAGUGAACAGUGCACCGAACUCCGAGUCGACAAUUGUUCCGAGUCACAUAUCUCCAAUGUUAGGACACACCUCGGAAACCAGUAUCACUACAAUUCGCAGUGACACGAUCACUGAAGGUCGUUCUGACGAGGAUCACGAACUACCUGAGACUAGUCAUCAGGACCUCCAAAAUCAAAACAAAACUCCCACUGAACUCACAGAAAAAAUUGAUGAACUGGACAGUGCACAAAAAUUCGACGUUCCUUUGGUCGCCUGUAUGAGUGCGUCGAAGGCACACUUAGAUCCAAUAACUGAUCAACCACCUGUUGUCGAGUUGUCACAAACAUCAGAUAAUCUGACUGACCACAUUGACACAGAGCAUCUAAACGACCAACUCAACACCUCUCCUGACAACACAAAUCCCACUGAUCUCAACGACGAAAUCAAUGAAGUGAACAGUGCACCGAACUCCGAGUCGACAAUUGUUCCGAGUCACAUAUCUCCAAUGUUAGGACACACCUCGGAAACCAGUAUCACUACAAUUCGCAGUGACACGAUCACUGAAGGUCGUUCUGACGAGGAUCACGAACUACCUGAGACUAGUCAUCAGGACCUCCAAAAUCAAAACAAAACUCCCACUGAACUCACAGAAAAAAUUGAUGAACUGGACAGUGCACAAAAAUUCGACGUUCCUUUGGUCGCCUGUAUGAGUGCGUCGAAGGCACACUUAGAUCCAAUAACUGAUCAACCACCUGUUGUCGAGUUGUCACAAACAUCAGAUAAUCUGACUGACCACAUUGACACAGAGCAUCUAAACGACCAACUCAACACCUCUCCUGACAACACAAAUCCCACUGGUCUCAACGACGAAAUCAAUGAAGUGAACAGUGCACCGAACUCCGAGUCGACAAUUGUUCCGAGUCACAUAUCUCCAAUGUUAGGACACACCUCGGAAACCAGUAUCACUACAAUUCGCAGUGACACGAUCACUGAAGGUCGUUCUGACGAGGAUCACGAACUACCUGAGACUAGUCAUCAGGACCUCCAAAAUCAAAACAAAACUCCCACUGAACUCACAGAAAAAAUUGAUGAACUGGACAGUGCACAAAAAUUCGACGUUCCUUUGGUCGCCUGUAUGAGUGCGUCGAAGGCACACUUAGAUCCAAUAACUGAUCAACCACCUGUUGUCGAGUUGUCACAAACAUCAGAUAAUCUGACUGACCACAUUGACACAGAGCAUCUAAACGACCAACUCAACACCUCUCCUGACAGCACAAAUCCCACUGAUCUCAACGACGAAAUCAAUGAAGUGAACAGUGCACCGAACUCCGAGUCGACAAUUGUUCCGAGUCACAUAUCUCCAAUGUUAGGACACACCUCGGAAACCAGUAUCACUACAAUUCGCAGUGACACGAUCACUGAAGGUCGUUCUGACGAGGAUCACGAACUACCUGAGACUAGUCAUCAGGACCUCCAAAAUCAAAACAAAACUCCCACUGAACUCACAGAAAAAAUUGAUGAACUGGACAGUGCACAAAAAUUCGACGUUCCUUUGGUCGCCUGUAUGAGUGCGUCGAAGGCACACUUAGAUCCAAUAACUGAUCAACCACCUGUUGUCGAGUUGUCACAAACAUCAGAUAAUCUGACUGACCACAUUGACACAGAGCAUCUAAACGACCAACUCAACACCUCUCCUGACAACACAAAUCCCACUGGUCUCAACGACGAAAUCAAUGAAGUGAACAGUGCACCGAACUCCGAGUCGACAAUUGUUCCGAGUCACAUAUCUCCAAUGUUAGGACACACCUCGGAAACCAGUAUCACUACAAUUCGCAGUGACACGAUCACUGAAGGUCGUUCUGACGAGGAUCACGAACUACCUGAGACUAGUCAUCAGGACCUCCAAAAUCAAAACAAAACUCCCACUGAACUCACAGAAAAAAUUGAUGAACUGGACAGUGCACAAAAAUUCGACGUUCCUUUGGUCGCCUGUAUGAGUGCGUCGAAGGCACACUUAGAUCCAAUAACUGAUCAACCACCUGUUGUCGAGUUGUCACAAACAUCAGAUAAUCUGACUGACCACAUUGACACAGAGCAUCUAAACGACCAACUCAACACCUCUCCUGACAACACAAAUCCCACUGGUCUCAACGACGAAAUCAAUGAAGUGAACAGUGCACCGAACUCCGAGUCGACAAUUGUUCCGAGUCACAUAUCUCCAAUGUUAGGACACACCUCGGAAACCAGUAUCACUACAAUUCGCAGUGACACGAUCACUGAAGGUCGUUCUGACGAGGAUCACGAACUACCUGAGACUAGUCAUCAGGACCUCCAAAAUCAAAACAAAACUCCCACUGAACUCACAGAAAAAAUUGAUGAACUGGACAGUGCACAAAAAUUCGACGUUCCUUUGGUCGCCUGUAUGAAUAAUCUGACUGACCACAUUGACACAGAGCAUCUAAACGACCAACUCAACACCUCUCCUGACAGCACAAAUCCCACUGAUCUCAACGACGAAAUCAAUGAAGUGAACAGUGCACCGAACUCCGAGUCGACAAUUGUUCCGAGUCACAUAUCUCCAUUGUUAGUAACUAACUCAGACAUUGUAAACAGUUUAUUUCCUGAUACUAAUAACUCGUACGUUGGUCUUCCCGACAUUCUAGCUAACGAAAAUAAUGUGGCUGUUUUACCUAAUGUGGCUAUAUCGGUAUCUGAUUCUACAUCCACUGUUCUUGUUGAUGCAGGAUAUUCCGAAAAUAUAUCGUCAAAUGGUAAUUCGAUUUUGUCUGAGGAUUUUUCGAAAACUGUUACUUCACCGACAAAUGAAGGAAUUACAUCUCGUGCUUCUUCAGCAAUCAAUUCACCACUCUCCAUUCAAAAGUCACUAGAAAGUAUAAAAGUUCAUUCGCGUUUGAAACCGUCGUCUUAUACGAACACCACAAUCCAGAAGAACAACUCUUUACCGCCAAGCCCUAAACUAUUACAAAAACCAACAGUUAAACAAAACAUAAGUGGUUCACAAAGGUCACCUACAAUGACUGGACCGAAUUUUGGACAGACAAAUAAUUUAACGAAUACCAAAACAAAGUAUGCAAGUUCAACAAGUGCGAAUGCAUCACCUAAUCUUAUUAGAAAACCAUUAUCUUCCUUGUCAAAGAACACUGAUAUUAAAAAGUAGAACAAUUUUACUUUUAGUAUGUCACAAAAAGAAACAAUGAGAAGAAAAAGUAAUUUUUCCAUAUUAUUUUCAUUACGAUCAUUAUUUUACCUAAAAUUUUUACUUUCAAUUAUAAUACAUAACGUAGAGUGGUUGUUCUUAAACG